AUGCCUUCGAUGCACACUAUCGUUAUUCCGCGGCCCGUCUCUAUGGCGCUCCGUGCGGUAGAGCUCCUCUCUGCAAUUAUUGUUACUGCUAUCAUAGGCUACUAUAUCUACCCUUACGCUCAGAGCAAGACCUGGCCUGCAAAGCGCUUCAUCUUCGCCGAAACCUGGGCAUGUCUCUCAAUUAUACUCAGCGUACUUUGGCUUGUUCCAUCCAUGGCUCAUAAAAUUCCAUGGCUUGCAGACUUUGUCACGUCAGGUGGCUGGUGGGCUUCUUUUGGCCUUAUCCUCCAGGCAAUCAACCAGAGCAACAACUGUGGAUCAUUUUUCAGCUCGGGCAACGGGACUUUCUGCAGGAACUGGAAAGCUGUUGAGGCUUUCUGUUUUAUCAGCGGCAUUGCUUGGAUCGUUACCGGCCUCUUUGGCAUCCAAUUCGUCCAGGCAAGGCGGAGAGGUGGUCGGGGUGGUGGUCGCUUCCGCUAG